GCAAGCAAGGUACCAAUGGCGGGAGUCGAAGCCAGAAUUACGGAUCAGGUGAUCACAUAGCCAGUGCUUCACCGUCUCCAGGAUUAUGAUCCGCGGUCCAUUUCGGUCUGCGAAUUCUUCUGCAAGACUUACAACUCUUAACACAUCCGACGGAUGAACUUGUAAGAAGACAGGAACUGCUGUCAAAGUUCUGUCCUCUGCACACUUUAUUAUCUUGGCCAGUUCGUCCACCCACAAGUCCAAAGAGGUGUAGUUCUCCGAUAUCAAGGAGAUUGCCACUAGGCACUGCUCGAUAGCCUGAUUGUACAUGGGAUAACUCUCUGCGGAUGUAGCUGCUCUGAUGCCUUUUCUAUUCAACGAACGGAGAAGGUGGCUGAGAAACGUUUUGCGGAUGUACUCCCCACUGAAACUCAGGAAUACGUCGUACCUCAUGAUCACGAAGCUUUUUUCCUUUUUCCCAAUGAGGGUGAAUAAUAGUUUUGUCAAAAUUUGUUGCACUCCAUGUGUCUGACUUGUUCUUCGGCGUUUAUACCAAUUCUCAAUAAGAUGGAUUACGUAAUCUGCACUUCUACCAUGUAAGUCAACCUCUCUUUGAUAUUCUGUUUUCACCAAUAAUGAUUUGCCAAAUGUUCUUUCCUUCGGAUGUAUAUCUUUUUCGUAACAGAGAAUGUGUCCAUCUAUAAGAAGAAACUUGAAGUAUUCAAAUUUAUUUCCAGCUUGUAUGAUGAUGUUAUAACACGUUGACUUUGAUCAAAUCGUCAUAAUAAUUGUUCAAGCUUUACUAUUGAUUGGAAGAUCCAAAACCAACGACAUACGUAGCUCUGUCAACAUCAGUUUCUAUGGAUUCAUCGUCUUCACCUCGAGUCGUGAAGCAGUACCAAGUGUUCCUCAGCUUCCGAGGAGAAGACACUCGCAGGACCAUUGUCAGCUUCUUGCACAAAGCACUUGUUGACCGGGGAAUUGAUACCUCCAAAGAUGAUAAAAAACUUGAGAUUGGCGGCUCCAUUUCAGACAAAAUUAAAGAAGCUAUACAGAAUUCAAAGAUUGCGGUUGUGGUUAUCUCGGAGAACUAUGCUUCUUCCACUUGGUGUCUGAACGAGCUCCAAAUGAUUGUGGAUCUUCACAAGAAACAGCAGCUCACAGCAGUCCCAAUCUUUUACAAUGUUGCUCCCUCUGACGUUGGGCAUCAGAGAGGAACCUUCGCCUUAGAAAGGUACAAAUGCUCAAAAAUCAUGUUGUUGUUUUCCAGCGAGAAGAGAAAAUUAAUGGAAAAGAUUGAGAGAUGGAGAGAAGCUCUAACCGAAAUUGCAGGAAUAUCAGGCAGCGAUUCCAAAACUUGGUGAGUUUUUCUCUAAUAGGUGACAUGUUUUAGCAAGCAUUCACCGUGGAGUCUUUUACUGACAUGUUCCUGGUGUGUGUGUUUGUGUUAGUGAGGAUGAGGCUGCUAUGUUUGAAGAUAUUGUUGGACGUGUUUCAAGACAACUUUUUUCUAUGGAGACAGUAAAAUUCUGUGACACUAUUGGAAUGAACUCACAUAUGGAAGAACUCAAUUCUGUGAUGGAUACAGAGAGUCUGAUAGGUAUCUGGGGAAUGGGAGGCAUUGGAAAAACCACCAUUGCCAAAUGUCUCUAUAAGGAACAUUCACAUCGAUUUGCUUAUCAUUGUUUCAUAGAGAACAUUAAGAGUUCCGCAGAGAAAGGCCUCAUACAUUUACAAGAAAAGCUUCUUUCGAAUAUCCUGGGCAAAGGACAUGAGAAGCUUUGGAGUGUAGAGCAGGGAUGCCUCUAUAUUAAAUCGAGGCUUGGAAACCGUAAAGUUCUCCUUAUCCUUGAUGACGUCGACAAUUUGGACCAGCUGCAUGCCUUGGCAAAAGAGACUAGUUGGUUUGGACCGGGGAGCCGAAUCAUCAUAACCACAAGAGACAAAGGAUUGUUAUACUCCAGUGGAGUCAGAUGUGUAUACUGCGUUGACAUUUUGGGCAAAAAUGACGCAAUCCAAGUCAUUAAACAGGCUGCUUUUGAAGGAGGAGAAGCUCCUUCUGAUGAUUAUGAACAACUGUCAAUCCGUGCUUCUAGCCUUGCACAAGGUCUUCCUUCCGCCCUUAAAGCUUUUGGCACAUAUCUCCGUCGAAUGACCUCUAUAGAGGACUGGGAAAAGGCAUUAGAAAGACUCAAAAAAGUUCCUCACCAGAGAGUCAUGGAGAUUCUGAGAACCAGCUAUAUGGGGUUAGAUGGAAGACAUCAGGCUGUUUUCCUUCAUGUCGCAUGCCUCUUCAAUGGAGACUCAGUCCGCCGUGUAACUUCACUUCUAGAUGAUGGUGAAUUAGAGAUAAAAGCUUUAACAGAGAAGUCCCUCAUCGACAUAUCAGCCGAUGGGUGUAUCAAGAUGCAUGUCUUGAUAGAACAAGCGGGAAAAGAAUUUGUGCGCGAAGAAUCAGACUCCAUGCCUUGGAGGCAAAAAGUUCUAUGGGAAGAGGAGCAAAUUAUUUAUGUGCUGCAAAACAACACGGUAAGGAAGGGUUCAUAAAAAAAUUAGACUCUUUAUUCUUCUCUGUUCUAAUCUCGAUGGUUUUCGGUUGUGUGUUUGUCUCCAUGUCAAUUCAGCCAGGAUUCUCCCAGGGUACAACAACAAUCCAAAGCUUGGCCCUACACAUGUGUGAGAUGCCUCGCGUCUUGUAUAUUAAGGGAACGAUUUUCAACACCAUCAAUCUAAAAU